AUGCUGUGGGACAGCGAGGAGGACGAGGACGAGGACGAGGAGCCGCCGCUCAGACCCCACGACUCCCGCCCUGCCAGGCGACGGAGCGAGGGUGAUGGGAAGAACAGAGAUAAAGGGGAAGGCUGUGGGGUGCCGGUGGACACCAGGGCAGCAGGUAGAGCCGCUGCCGCCCCGGCUUCUGCCCCCCCGACAGUGGCGCUGCCGCUGGCCUCCGCCCACGCUCCUCAGAGAAAGAGCAGCGUUCCCGUCGGGACGUCGGACUCUGAUCUGCGCUGCCGGACAAACAGCCAGGUACACACACCACAAAUGACUCAGAGCUUACUGGACACCAAGACUGAGGCCUACGUGACUCUGCCCGAUGGGGAAAUCAGACCUUGCAAACUGAUGGACAGAACGCACCACGUCACAGAAAAAGUCACCCAGGUCCUCUCUCUGGGCGCUGAUGUGUUACCUGAGUACAAGCUCCAGACCCCGAGGAUCCAGAAGUGGACCAUCCUUCACUACAGUCCCUUCAAAGCGGUGUGGGACUGGGUCAUUCUGCUUUUAGUCAUUUACACCGCCAUAUUCACACCGUACUCUGCUACCUUUCUGCUGAGUGAGCAGGAGGAGGCAGCCAUGCAGAGCUGCGGUUACUCCUGCUCUCCGCUGAGCGUGGUGGAUUUCAUCGUGGACAUCAUGUUCAUUGUCGACAUUAUCAUCAACUUCAGGACCACAUACGUCAACUCCAAUGAUGAGGUGGUGAGUCAGUCGUCUCGCAUCGCCGUCCACUACUUCAAAGGCUGGUUUCUCAUCGACAUGGUGGCAGCCAUUCCCUUCGACCUUCUGAUCUCGCGCUCUGGAGAGGAAGUGGUUCGGGCCGGUGGCGAGGGAGAGACCACCACUCUGAUCGGUUUGCUGAAGACGGCUCGGCUGCUGCGGCUGGUGCGUGUGGCGAGGAAGCUGGACCGUUAUUCAGAGUACGGCGCCGCCGUCCUCUUCCUGCUCAUGUGCACGUUUGCCCUCAUCGCCCACUGGCUGGCCUGCAUCUGGUACGCCAUCGGUAACGUGGAGCGGGCCACGUCGGCCGGGAUCGGCUGGUUGGAUAACCUGGGAGACCAGCUGGGGCGGCCGUACAAUGACUCGGUGCUGGGUUCGGGUCCUUCCGUUCGGGAUAAAUACGUCACGGCUUUGUACUUCACCUUCAGCAGCCUCACCAGCGUGGGCUUCGGAAACGUCUCACCAAACACCAACUCGGAGAAGAUCUUCUCCAUCUGCAUCAUGCUGAUUGGAGCUCUCAUGUAUGCCAGUAUUUUUGGAAACGUGUCCGCCAUCAUCCAGAGGCUUUACUCCGGCACGGCCCGUUACCACGCUCAGAUGAUGAGGGUUCGAGAGUUCAUCCGCUUCCACCAGAUUCCCAAUCCUCUCCGGCAGCGGCUGGAGGAGUACUUCCAGCACGCCUGGUCCUACACCAACGGCAUCGACAUGAAUGCAGUGCUGAAAGGCUUUCCAGAGUGCCUGCAGGCAGACAUUUGUCUCCACCUCAACAGGACUCUGCUGCAGAACUGUAAAGCCUUCAAAGGAUCUACUAAGGGCUGUCUUCGGGCCCUGGCUAUGCGGUUCAAGACCACCCACGCCCCUCCAGGAGACACUCUGGUCCACGCCGGAGACCUGAUAUCGGCGCUCUACUUCAUCUCCAGAGGCUCCAUCGAGAUCCUCAGAGGAGACGUGGUGCUCGCUAUCCUGGGUAAGAACGACAUAUUUGGGGAACCCAUCAAUCUGUAUUCACUGCCUGGGAAGUCCAGCGCUGACGUCCGAGCUCUGACCUACUGCGACCUGCACAAGAUUCAAAGAGAAGAUGUGCUGGAGGUUCUGGAUAUGUAUCCUGAGUUUUGUGAACACUUCUGGUCCAACCUGGAAAUAACCUUCAACCUGAGAGAUGUGAAUAAUGACGCUGUGAGUCUUCUCAGCGGAGACGACGGUGACGGAGGAAGCCGGCCUCACAAACACAAACUGUCCUCCGCUCACACAGGAGACUCCGGCGUCUGUCCGCUCUGGAGCGCAGAGCCCCCCAGGACCCCCUCUCCACUCUGCCCUCCUCCUCCCCCCCGGACCUCCCACUGGCCCUCCAGCCCCACCACCCCCCCCUGCUCUCCUCCGCCUGUCGUCUCCUGGAGGCAGAAGGUGGAUUUAGGCGACCGACUGGAGGCCCUGCAGCAGCAGAUCAGCAGGCUGGAGUCUGGCAUGUCAGCGAACAUCGGGGCCAUCAUGCAGCUUCUUCAGAGUCACAUGUCCGUGGUCCCGCCUUCCUACAGCACCAUGACGUUAACCCCCACCCUCCCCUCCUCUGCGUCCCCCGGGGACCGCUCGGCUCCGCCCUCCCCCUCGGACCGAUCAGCAGACUCCGACUUCCAGCAGCUCAGAGACGAUCAAGCCUUUUUUCCCCCCGAGUCAGACACCUCCGCCUCCCGACCCCGUCAGACCCGUCAGGACCCUUCCUUCCAUCUGUCGCCCCUCGUGGCCCCCCUCAGCACCCAGACCCCCCCGCUGCCCGUCAGCCUCCAGCCGUCCUCCGCUCCGGUCUGCUCACACAGCUCCGUCUCUGUUCUGCAGAGUGGACACAAGGCGCCAGAGGAGCAGGGCCUGUGA